AUGACUAUGGUGGCAGUCGGCUACAGCUCCCCGCCGGGCACAGAACGAAGUGAUGAUGUCGAUCGUGAGUCAAACGAACUGAUCCAAUGCGCCUGAGGGACUAAGAGUGCGUGCUGAUGAUGACAGAAGUAGCUCGGACCUAGCUUGGCUAGUAGAAAAGCCUAACCAAGCGGACGAUGUUAUUGAGUUAGUGGAAUUCAAAACCUCGGUAGGUCACUGUACCCCCAUUUUUACCAAGAAGUCAUCUUGGGGAAGUAUCCUGUUCAAACCCAGGGCAGCCGCGCAUAACUUCCCUCUUAUUGCACAUGAUUCCCUGAUCUUCUGUGCACACACUUACUUAGGGUGUCUUUUCAAUACCACGUUUCACCAGGCUUCCAGCUGAUGAUGAAACCGCACACUUCAUAUUUUUACCACUUCCUUCUAGCCUCCUGCGACUUGUUGGAGAAGUGUCAGGCCCGAGGAGAGACCCUCGAACCGUUCUUUGAGCUGACCAACUUUCAGGAGGCGUGUCGAGCUGUUAAUACAGCUGUUACCGAGACAAAGGUACUUCACCUUCCCAUCAUUUUGUUCGUUGUUGUCAGUAAAUCCUCUGGUCUGAAGUGAUGUUGAAACACCGCGUGUAACCUUUCAGAGCAGACCUCCAUGGGCGUCCAGUGUAUGUUGACAGGUUGCUCUCAGCAUAGAUUAGGACGUCAGUCUGAGACAGUGGCUUACCCAACUGACCCUGUGUCCCUAGUCGUCUUUUACCGGAGGCAGCGGAUUUCGCCGACGGAGGUGAACACCCGAGCUGUUAGUUUUUUCAACAGGACACCGUUCAAUUAGGUCGAUUCCCCAUCAGAGUGGGGAGGUGGUUUCAUGCGUAUCUCGCAUCAACAGUCCCACUUCGGCGCCUAUCAAGAUCGGGCGGACUGGACUGCCCUGGUGAGACAGCCGACAUCUUACUCGUCUCGACUUCAAUGCCGAGACAACGGCAAUCCCGGUAAGACGGGAUCUGCCAGCGUGUCCACAGGAGGCAGUUAGUGGAACUAGCCUUCAGCGAAGGCCAGCGAUGAAACUUACAGACUCGGGGGUCUAGCAAAUGGGCAGUCACGAACCGUGCAGGGGUAACACCUUCAAGUGUAGCCGGGAGUUAAUCUGGGAAAUCGGUUGCCCGUAGAAAAAAGUCACAAACUGAAGUGAUAUUGUGACAUGGAGCAUGUUGUCUGUCAAAAAAUAGGGCAUUACUGGCCGUUCGGCAGAAUUCAGCGACCUUUAAUAGCUGUCUCGGAGGCUUGAGCGGAAAGGCGCGAUUUCUCGCCCAACCGCAAAAACCAACUCAGUAAGGGCAUUCUUUCCUCCAAAGAACGGCCCGUUAACUCGUUAUUCUGGUUGAUGAUAGGAGCGCUAGCAUAGGUCGUUGAGCCUUUCCGCAGUUGUCUGACCCACAAUGGCAGGAUCAAAGGCGGUUUACUACACAAUUUAUUGGGCACCUAUCAGGACUGCGUUUACGUUGUAUUAUUAGAUUGCUAAUUGUCAGAGACCCUUAUACGUUUGUUACGUCGUCAAAAUCUAUGUCUGCAGACAUUUUUGCGCUUCCAAUCAAAAUAAGCAAAAACCAAAUGAAUGGAGUCCACGGCGUCAAAUGAUUCUGAAUUUCAUAUCUGGAACAGCAUCUUUCAGUGAACCAUCGCGCGGGCUGUCGUCUGACUCAGUUCGGUUCAGUUUGUUUGAGGCAACUUAAGGCGCGCACCUGCGAACUUGUUACAAGCAGCGGAAGUAUAUCAAAAUUUGAAAAAGGGAACAUCGAACAACCAUAAAGGAAAUACCAAAACUAUGCAGAUAAACUAAUUAUUUCAGCUGUUGGCACUGGCAGAUAUAUACACACAGAUAGGGGCAUUGUAAAGUAGUAAGUCUAAGCGUAGGUCUGCCACAGUGAAAGUAGUACGAUCUCAAUGGUCUUCAAGCGCCAUAGUGAGUCAGUGGGCAUGUGCGCAAAGUUAGAGACACUGAUAAGGCUUUACUUACAUAUAUACAGUAGUAAUAUUUUUUAAAACUCGUCAGUACUACACCGGUCUGGUGGCAUUGUGCGUACAGCUAACAACUCGUGUGACGAAGUUGCUGGAGAGGCCGCCAUCGUGCCAGGUCGCGUUAAAAACAUGGGAGAACGUUUUGAAGCAGUGGAUACAGACGGCUUCCGCAGUGCGGCCCUAACGCCCUUAACGACUAACUGAGUCCGGAUUCCGAGUUAGCGUCCACUGGAUCUCGAGUUGAGCAUGGUUGGUUAGCAGCGACGACAAUUAUGGCGGAACCACCCAUCCCUGUCUAACUUGUUUUCUUGGUUUUAUCCCGCUGAGUUUCCGACCAGUUGCUUUUGUGUUUUGGACUUUGUAGAUACCCCCAGAUGUCGCUCAAAUAUUUGACGAGUGUCCCAGCUCACUGCCUGCCGAAGCAACCUUCUACACCUCCAACGAGAACGUGAGUUUCUCCUGCCGCAGUAAACGGCAACUUUUGGUUUGCGCUGCGAGAAUAAAUAAGCACGACGGUUACAGGUCACUCCCGACGGCGGCUGCGGGGAGGUCGCAUUAGUACUGCACAUGUAGCUUUUUAUAUAUUCCUGACAGUAGGCUCGACUAUUUAGCUGUUUUGGGCAUGCCAACCCCUAAUGUGGAAAGGGUAUGCCUAGCUCACCCACCUGUUUCACUCACUGGAGUCGUCCUUCGAGCAUUCACUGUCCUGCCUCUUUCAAAUAAAAGACCGGUUAAAACCUGAUGAGCAAUGUGGAGUAGUGUAUCGCAUUCCGUGUCAAAAUUGUCCUUGUAACUACACAGGACAGACUGGGCGCAUGCUCGAAUCGCGCAUACACGAACAUAAGCUGGCUGUGCGACGAGGCGACGCAUUAUCACAAGUGGCCGCUCACACCUACGAAAUUGGUCACGAGUUUAACUUCGCAGCCACCAAAAUAGUCGCCCACGCCGGAAACAAAACAGGUCAAGAAUUAAUUGAAGCCCGGGCCUCGGAUGAGAACUCGGUCGAUCGAUUUAUCGAUCUGGCGCCGGCGUACGGAGCCCUGCGUAGUCACCUUCAGUCGUGCGCCGUCGGUCGAUGAUUAGCCUGCAUGCCUUAUAACUGUUGCUUGUUUUGCCGCUGCUGCUACCUCUGACGAUGGACUCCUGUACGAGUCUGAAUGCUCAGGACAAUAAACACAGUGUUCCGGUGCUCGACUCUUCUUCUUCCUCUUUUUCUUUCAAAUAAGGUCCCCUCAAGGACGCAACAUGCUCCGACCGCCACGAUUCCACCCGGUGGCAGUUCUUCGAAGACCGCCUCUAGCCCUCUAGCCAACCUGACGAUGCCGACCUUCUGGCGUCUGGUCGCUGCUCUCCGGGACUUCACCCUGAACGAAGGUGACGGUUGUCUGCCUCUACGCGGCGACCUGCCCGACAUGACCUCUGACUCCGGUCGGUAUUUGCGUCUCCUCUCGGUUUUUCGUGAACAUGCGGAGUGGGCGGUCUCUCGACUGGCUGCUCGUCUCUCUGACGUAUGUUCCUUGUUACCUCAUAUCUCACUCCUGUGA